UCCGCGCGGGUAAAGGGGCUGCCUGGAGCACAGUCCGAUCGUUUUGCGGUCACUCGCCGGCUAGCCCUCCACACUGGGUGUCUGCGCCUCCCCCGCUGGCUGCCGUCACCCAGGAAACCGGCCGCGAUCUCCCGCCGACCCGAAACUGGUUUCAUGGCAGCCACGAAGAAAGCAGUUUUGGGGCCGUUGGUGGGGGCAGUGGACCAGGGCACCAGCUCGACGCGCUUUUUGGUUUUCAAUUCAAAAACAGCAGAACUACUUAGUCAUCAUCAAGUGGAAAUAAAACAAGAGUUUCCAAGAGAAGGAUGGGUGGAACAGGACCCUAAGGAAAUUCUGAUGUCUGUCUAUGAGUGUAUAGAGAAAACAUGUGAGAAACUUGAACAGCUCAAUAUUGACAUUUCCAACAUAAAAGCUAUUGGUGUCAGUAACCAGAGGGAAACCACUGUAGUCUGGGACAAGAUAACUGGAGAACCUCUCUACAAUGCUGUAGUGUGGCUUGAUCUAAGAACCCAGUCUACUGUUGAGAAUCUUAGUAAAAGAAUUCCAGGAAAUAAUAACUUUGUCAAGUCCAAGACAGGCCUUCCACUUAGCACUUACUUCAGUGCUGUGAAAGUUCGUUGGCUUCUGGAUAAUGUGAGAAACGUUCAAAAGGCUGUUGAAGAAGAUAGAGCUCUUUUUGGGACUAUUGAUUCGUGGCUUAUUUGGUGCUUGACAGGAGGAACCAAUGGAGGCGUCCACUGUACGGAUGUAACAAAUGCAAGCAGGACGAUGCUUUUCAAUAUUCAUUCUUUGGAAUGGGAUAAAGAGCUCUGCGAAUUUUUUGAAAUUCCAAUGAAAAUUCUUCCAAAUGUCCGGAGUUCUUCUGAGAUCUAUGGCUUAAUGAAAAUCUCUCAUAGCCUGAAAGCUGGGGCCUUGGAAGGUGUGCCAAUAUCUGGGUGUUUGGGGGACCAGUCUGCUGCACUGGUGGGACAAAUGUGUUUCCGAGAUGGACAAGCCAAAAAUACGUAUGGAACAGGCUGUUUCUUACUAUGUAACACAGGCCGUAAGUGUGUAUUUUCUGAACAUGGCCUUCUGACCACAGUGGCUUACAAACUUGGCAGAGACAAACCAGUAUAUUAUGCACUAGAAGGUUCUGUAGCUAUAGCCGGUGCUGUUAUUCGCUGGCUAAGAGACAAUCUUGGAAUUAUAAACAGUUCAGAUGAAAUUGAAAAACUUGCUAAAGAAGUAGGUACUUCUUAUGGCUGCUAUUUCGUCCCAGCGUUUUCAGGGUUAUAUGCACCUUACUGGGAGCCCAGUGCAAGAGGGAUCAUCUGUGGCCUCACUCAGUUCACCAAUAAAUGCCAUAUUGCUUUUGCUGCAUUAGAAGCUGUAUGUUUCCAAACCCGAGAGAUUUUGGAUGCCAUGAACCGCGACUGUGGAAUUCCACUCAGUCAUCUGCAGGUAGACGGAGGAAUGACCAACAACAAAAUUCUUAUGCAGCUACAAGCAGACAUUCUGUAUAUCCCAGUAGUGAAGCCCUCCAUGCCGGAAACAACCGCCCUGGGAGCUGCCAUGGCAGCAGGGGCUGCAGAAGGAGUUGGUGUUUGGAGUCUGGAACCCGAGGACCUGUCAGCCGUCACAAUGGAGCGGUUUGAACCCCAGAUCAAUGCUGAGGAAAGUGAAAUUCGUUAUUCUACCUGGAAGAAAGCUGUGAUGAAGUCAAUGGGCUGGGUUACAACUGAGUCUUCUGAAAGUGGUGACCCUAGUAUCUUCUGUAGUCUACCCUUGGGCUUUUUUAUAAUGAGUAGCAUGGUAAUGUUAAUCGGAGCAAGGUACAUCUCAGGUAACGCAUAAAUAAUACCAAUUUCAUGGAUUCCAACAAUUCGAGUUCUUUACCUAACAAGAGACUCCAGCGGUUCUGUCUCUUAAUGUGAUGACACUAUUCAUAGACUGAUUUUAUUUAUAAGCCACUUGCUGCAUGACCCCUGAAGUAGACCUGUGGCUCGAAAUAAAGAAAAUGCAGCAGAAAGAAUGCUAUAGAAACAUUUGGUGUGUUUUUUAACAUCAACCAUAAGAUUGGACCAGCCACCUUUGGAGCUGAACCCUCCUUUGCCAUCACUUCCUGCCCCAUUUCCUCUAAGAUCUAGGAAUAAUCCAGAUCCUGUCCAUUGGCAACUUUCCUCAAGCAUAGUCAAUUGCUGAUGGGCCAGGAUUUGAUUCUCUGCACUACACACACUAGAUCAAACGGUUAUUACUAACUGGCUAAAAAUGAGUGACUUUGUGUUUCUUUUCAGAAGACCCCAAAAGUUCUCUUUUCUGCAUAUGAGGGAGACCACAGAAUCUUCACUGAAUGUUUAAAUGGAAUCCUCUACUAAAUUCUUAUGAUGAACGUUUAGUAUUCUCAUAGCUUAGAUAUUUUUCUGAAAGGUAUUUGCCAAAACCAAAAUUCUUCAGACAUUUUCCAUGAUCUCACUAAUUACACUAAAUUUCUGUCUGGGUUUUAUAGGGAAGAACGCUUUUUCCUCCACCCACCCCAUCUCUCCUUUUUAUAUUUUUUACUUUAUAUGUAUUACAUACAUGCCUAUAUAUUUUAUAUACUGAGGGUAGCCCAUUUAUAAAUUAAGAGUACAUUUUACAUGGCCUCACUAAUUACACUGAAUUUGUGUCUGGAUCUUACAGAGAAGAACACUUUUUUGUUUCCUUUUUAUAUUUCUUACUUUGUAUGUCUUACAUACAUGCCUAUAUAUUUUAUAUACUGAAGGUAGCCCAUUUAUAAAUUAAGAGCACAUUGUAUUCAGUAGUUUAUAAUGGGGCUGGUCUUAAGUAGACCACUAUGUGUAUAAAUAUUUUGGGGAAAAUAGCUAUAUAUGUUUUGGGACAACAGUUAUUCACAUUACUUGCCAGGAAAAAUUUUUUUCUUAAAGAACCAACAUUUGAAAUAAAGUAUGUGUUCUAUGUCAAUAAAAGAAAAUAUACUUUAUUGUGACUUCAACUAUAUUUCUUAAACCGUACAUUUUA